GAUUUUCCUGUUGUCAUGGUGACGGUAGGUCUAAAAUUUUCACGUGCACACGUGUGCGUUUGGUUCCAUGACAGCAGCUUCCAAGCCAUUCUUUUGACACUGCGUCACCUUGCUUUCAUGUCAAAGGCUUUGCAAUUUUUCUCCUUUCUCUUGCUGAUAUUUGCCAUGGUCCAGUCCGAGUUUAUUCUCCCACCAAUCAUCUCAAACAGCAAAAGGAAAUCCAUCCUGAACCUUGCAUCCAGUAAAAGUCUAGUACACAAGCCGGGGACGCUCCCCCCGUCACUUUUUACACUGAGACGACAGAAACCAAAGAAUGGUCUUGGCUUCGGAUAUAACGGGCUCCCUUCGUCUUGCUUGUCCUCUCUUUACCAGGUCAAAGGUUCUGCAGAUCACACCAGUGAUUAUGGUACUCCUGCUUCUGUCGUUGUAAAUGGAGAGCACCACAAAGUCCUCCUGCCUCCUCCGUCCCUCAAUUCUCUCCCUCCUCUCGUUGUGCAGAUGUCGGAGCAUUCGACCACAGCAAGCAAAUCCGACCCUCUCCAACCUUGCUUCUCUGUUGACACAAAAGAAACAAUUAAAAGUGAAGGCGGGGAUACUCUCUUUGCAGUAGCUGGUGGAGGCCAUAGAGAGAGGAUUCAUGUUGCAAAAGAGCAUAGAAUUAACAUACCUAAUAACAAGCUAUUCGUUCACAAGAAGACCAAAGGAAAAUCUGGGAUCCCUUCGUCAAAACUCACCAUAGCUUACAGCAGCGACCCUGCUAUCAUGAAGACCAGUGGCAGCAAUGGAGAAAGGGUCCAGCAACAGCAGAAAAGCUAUAGCAGUAGCAAUGUUCCCAGCUCCAAUCAGCUCAAGCUAGACCUCCCAGGUGAUGUUCACAAGUAUCAAGCUGGAGCUGAUAUAUGCUCUAUCAUAAACCUACGGAUGCCACUCCCUUCCACUCUUAGAACAGCAAACAAUUCUUGCCCCGGGAACUCGCAGGAAUUUGUGCCAAGCGAAGCACAAGCAAGAAGCAAUGGCGCCAAUAAAAAGAAUGGGACAAGCGUGAUAGUGCUAGGAAGCGGUUGUCUGGAGGGGAAGUCAAACUCUUACGAGAAAAGGAGAGAGAGAAAGACCAGGAAAAUAGGAAAACAUGGACAACUUGAUCAAUUUAAUUCGGCACUCAUACAAUUGAAGCAAGUGGUCUCCGAUAGUGUUUGUAGUGAAUCAGGCGAGCAUGGAUCCACUGAUGUCUUCAAAAAGAAGAAAAGAAACAGAGAAAAUCCCUGUCGUUUGAACAUUGUCGAUUUAGAGAAACAAGCCAUUCUCUUGAAUGACUCUGCUUUUCCGCUAAUGACAACAUCCCAGCAGUACCAACAGCAUAAGAGCCUUUCCAGCACCUCGACAAAUGGAGGGACUGGAGCUAACACUGAGCCAGUUGAAGAAGACGUAGACUGUGCCAGCACUUAUAAUCAGGAUGAGAUAAGUAGCAGUGGACAUUCCUCUAGUACAGAAACACAGCUCUCAGAGGAUCCCUCUCAUCACUCUGUCCACAUACUUCAUCGCAUCUCCCUCCCUUCUAACGACGAUGUCAUGGACCCACAAGUCAACAAGAAGACCAUCUUGAAUUUAUUUGCUAGGACAAGCGGUACAGGAGGAGGUAAAGCUAUCGAGACUCAAUGCUGGAACCAAAUGCCAACGACUCCUUUUGCGUAUUACCAUUUCUUGCGACGGAACAAUGGCAACAGUGGCGGUAUAAUACGCUCCAUGACUAGCACCAGUCCAGCUCCUCCUUUAGUAUCCCACGAACCAAUCCUUCACCAUUCUCUCCAGUCCGAUCUGACCAUUGAAGGGAAUCGUAACAGCAAAAGUACUAACUAUCAUAGCAUGAGCGGCAACGAGGAUUGCGAUGAUCAUGUUAUGGAGAUGCACCACGAUGAGAGCAAAGGGAAGAACAGUGCUCUCCCUUUUAUCACUAGCCCAGGAUUAAAGUCUCUCAAAGUGGCUGCUGUCAAGCUCACCCCACGCUCUCCCCCCAUAUCCGGGGACCCUUCUGUCUCAAAGAAGAAACCCAAACAGCCCUGUCAGGUCUCCGGUACUUCCAUCGCUCUUGAAGACCCAUCAAAAAAAGGUAGCAGCCAGUUUCAGUAUGCUGAUCCAAUGGUGGGAGCCUGCAGUCGAUUCCAAUCGAAACUGAACAGGCUUCAGGACAGGGAGCACCUGACUAUGAGGAAAGAAGGCAAAACUCCAAGAAAGAAAGGAGGCAAAAAAACUUCAAGAAAGUGAAAACAUAAACAAUACUCUCAAAAACUACAACAAAUUGUCUUAUUUAAAAUGUAUAAUGUAAUACAAACCAGCAUCCUUUAUGCUCUUCUCUUUGACAAUAAUUAAUUAUAAUCAUGGUCGGCAUUAUCAGUUUAAA